AUGGAUCCUCUUUCAGGCGCAGCAAGUGUUAUUGCAGUCAUCCAGUUAGCCGGGAGUAUCUUCCACAUAUGUGGGCGAUAUCUCAAUAACGUCAAGAAUGCGACGCGGGAGAUUCAGCGCUUCCAAGAGCAGAUUGCAGCCCUGGCCAAAGUUCUUCAAUCUCUCUAUGAGCUGAUCCAGAGAUCAAAUGGCAACACACUUACUACUACGGCUACUGCGCAAGACUUAGCUAACAAUAUUGCAAAAUGCUCAUCAGUACUUGGAGAUUUGAAAGUGAAAAUCGACCCAGAAAUAACGCAACAGGGAUUGCGGAGACAAUGGGGACUUCGAGCCUGGAAAUGGCCACUGGCACGGUCGGAGGUAGAUUAUACCCUCAAGGAAUUUGACUGGUAUAAUGCAACGUUUUCUUUGUCCUUACAAGUCGGUCAAGCGAGCUCUAUGAAUAUAAUCCACCAAAAGAUAGACCUUAGCAGGCUACAGCCUGCAAAGGGAGCAGCAUUUGAUUCCUACGACAAUCAACAUAGUGAAUGUCUCCCGGGAACUCGAAUUGACCUGCUUCGAGAAAUUGAAGAGUGGACAAAAUCGCCGUAUAGAAAAUAUAUAUUCUGGUUAAACGGCAUGGCAGGGAUAGGGAAAUCAACUAUCUCCCAAACAGUUGCAACCCGUCUUAAAGAAAAGCAGGUUCUCGGCGCGAGCUUCUUCUUCAAGCGAGGUAAAGAGGACCGAGGAACAGCAAAGAAGCUCUUCCCGACAUUGAUUAAGCAACUGGCCAUUAAUCUACCUCAAAUACUUCCUAAAGUUCAAAAGGCAGUUAAUAAUAACCGCAAUAUUUCAGAAAAGAUAAAUGCGAUUCAGAAGACAACAUUAGGGUUAUUCUUCAGCUCUUACCACAAGUUCAAAGGUCGACGUCCGUGCAACUACGGGAUUACCGAUACCCAUCAGGAUUUGGUCCUCUAUGAGAUCGAUAAACCAGUAAUAGAGCACGACAUAUCCUUGUAUUUUAAGGAUCAGUUACACCACCUAAAACAGAGGGACUCACUUCUACUAGACUGGCCUAGAGACACAGCUAGGAAGGAGCUGACUAAUAGGUCCGUCCCUUUAUUCAUUGCAGCUGCUACCUUAUAUCAUUUCAUCAGUGAUACGAAUUGGAGCCCUCAACAACGACUUAAAGCAAUAUUGAAAGACCAAUCAGCCUAUAUGUCCAAGAUAGACAUCACAUAUAUCCCUGUGCUAAAGCAGCUUCUCACUGGCCAGGAUAAAAGGGAGUCACAGCAAUUGCUCAAAGAGUUCAAAGAUAUAGUCGGGGCUAUUAUUACUCUUACUACUCCGCUCUCGAUCAAUUCCCUUGGCUAG